AUGUCUCAAGAUCCGUUACAUAAUUUUAAGGUUCAGUUCGAAAAAUUUGUGGCUAGCAACCCUAAUGUUUCUUCCGUGACAUCUUCUGCCUCGAGGAUCCCUGAAUCAUCUAAAGCCGUAAUAGUUUUAUCACCAUAUUCUUUAUCACAUCAGUUCCCCCGUUAUUGGGUAUCCAAGUCAUACAAAAAAACUAUUGUAGAAAGACCAGAGAGAUUAUUAGCAUGUUGUAUUGGGGUAUCUGCAGCCAUUACGAUGUAUCCGGCUUUGUUUUCUGUGAAGACAUCAAAUCACCACAAGACUUCGUUAUUAGCACCUCAUGUGUUGAAAGUUCAUGGGAAAGAUUGGCCGCGAGAACUUUUGAAGCUCUGUAAAGAGUCUGAGAAAAAAAUUGAUAACGAAGAAGUAGAGGUACCCCCUGAUUGGAAUGUCGGUGAUAUUUAUCUUUCCAAACAUACCAUAGCAGCGUUGGAGGGUUCUAUCGGAGCUUUAGAAAUUGGUGUGGAUUCGAUUUUCCAAGGUGUGAGUGUUGAGCAGACAGCAAAUAGAGCAUUUAUCGCCAUUAGGCCACCAGGACAUCAUUCUCAUGCAUCCACUCCCUCUGGAUUCUGUCUAUUAAACAACGCACAUAUCGCAAUCGAAUACGCUUUUGAAAAAUACGAUGUCACUCAUGCUGUAAUUCUUGAUUUUGAUUUACAUCAUGGUGAUGGUACUCAAGACAUUUGUUGGAAACGUGCAGGAUUUAGACCAGACGAAUUUUCCACAGAUGCAGAACACGGAGCAUCUGAAGAUGAUAACAAGUACGAUGAAUUUGGAAAAUCCUUCGCUGAGUUUCCGAAAGUAGGUUAUUUCUCCUUGCAUGAUAUCAACUCUUUCCCCACUGAACUUGGUUAUGCCACCAAAGAAAAUAUUCGAAACGCAUCAACGUGUAUCAUGGAUGCGCAUGAUAUCAAUAUAUGGAAUGUUCAUCUACAGUCGUAUAAAGACGAAGAAGAGUUUGUCAAACUUUAUCAGACCAAAUACAGAUCUAUCUUUGCCAAGGCUGAUGAGUUUUUCAAGAACGCAAAACUUGAAAUGAAGCAAGGUGGGUUUAGGUUCAAAGGUCUUGUCGUCAUCAGUGCUGGAUUUGAUGCCAGUGAAUACGAACAACAAUCUAUGCAAAGGCACAAUGUCAAUGUCCCAACAAGCUUCUACAAUCUAUUUACGAAGGAUGCUUUAAAACUGGCCCAAAUGCAUUCUAACGGUAAGAUCAUUUCAGUCAUGGAAGGUGGUUAUUCGGACGGUGCCAUUGCAUCUGGUGUCUUUUCACACUUGAUUGGGUUCCAAAAUCAGAAUUGGAUCAGCGAGUGGGGUUCUGAACAAGUUGUUAAGGAGAUUAUCAGAGGUUGUAAACCAAGAUGGAAGCCAUACAAGACAAAGAAAGCUCGGGACGUAAUAAGGAUCUGGGCUGAAGAGGUCAUCAUGCUUGGCCGCAGUAUGAUUCCAGAAUUCGAGAAAGUGUUAUUCGAUACAGAGGAUACUGUCACUCACCCAGAAGUCAGACUGACCAGAUCCAAGUACCAUGAGACGAUUGUCAAGCAUGAGAAUGAGAUCCCAAGAACAGAGACUCCUACUCCUGUGCGCAGAGAAAAGCCUUCAGAACAACCAAAGGAUGAAAACGUACCGUUUGUUGAUCAGAUACUGCCCAGCGAUGAAGAGAACGAGGAAGACGAAGAUUAUAUUUACGAUGAGGAAUUGAACAAGACGUUCAAUAGAACCGUAGAAGACAUUACAAUUGACGAUAUCUCGAGACAUUUGGAAACGUUAGACAUUAUACAAGCGAAAGAAGACGAAGAGGAACAGGAGCAAGAACAUCAUGGCGACAACGGUCAAAGUCAUCGUGCACGUACCAGAGUUCCCGUCAACAGCCAUCAGAGAAACAGCAGAAACGUCUCUGAAUCCAGCAAUUCCUCCUCGACGCAGGAAACGGGAUCCAACGUAGGCGGGUACAAGAUUCCGUCAAACACAACAACACGUCAUUUGCGCAGCAAUAGACACUCAAGGUUACUGAACUUUGACGAUAGCGAUAUAUCAAUGAUAUCCCAUGGGUCUCCGCCACGCCCAAAGACCAGGUCAUCGUCCUCGAAGAACGGGGGCUCCAACAGGUGGUAA